UGGAGCUGCAAUCCGCCGCGGAAUACAGGACGUGCUCUCGACCACCUCGCGACACUCAUCCGCUGACACCAGCAGACACGUGGAUAUCGUCGCUGUCAAGGGGAGAGACCACCCGGUGAAGCGUCAAAUCGGCGAGGAUCGCGUGAGACUACAAAGAAAGACGGAAGCAUGGAUCCCGAUAAUUUCAAGGACUUCGCCAAGGAGAUGGCAGAGUACAUUACAAACUAUAUGGAAAAUAUUAGGGACAGACGAGUACUGCCUACAGUAGAACCGGGAUACAUGAAGCCCCUUUUACCUUCCGAGGCGCCGCAGAGCCCCGAAGAAUGGAAGGAUAUCAUGACUGACAUCGAGAGGGUGAUAAUGCCAGGUGUCACUCACUGGCACAGCCCGAAAUUCCACGCGUAUUUUCCCACUGCGCAAUCAUAUCCUGCGAUUGUAGCUGACAUGUUAAGCGGAGCUAUCGCGUGCAUCGGAUUCUCGUGGAUAGCGAGUCCGGCCUGUACUGAAUUGGAGGUGAUAAUGUUAGACUGGUUAGGGAAAAUGAUAGAUUUGCCGAAGGAAUUUCUUGCUUGCAGCGGCGGCAAAGGUGGCGGUGUCAUUCAGGGAACCGCCAGUGAAGCUACUCUAGUGGCGUUACUAGGAGCAAAAUCCAAGAAACUGAAACAAGUUAAGGAGCAGCAUCCCGAAUGGACGGAUCCCGAAAUCAUCGACAAACUCAUCGCGUACUGCUCCAGUCAAGCGCACAGCUCGGUGGAACGCGCCGGACUUUUUGGCGGGGUAAAAUUCCGAUUGCUGCCGGUUGACGAAAAAUACAAGCUUCGCGGUGACGUAUUGGCGAAAGCGAUCCAAGAGGAUAAGGAGAAAGGACUUAUACCGUUUUACGUAGUGGCCACUUUGGGUACUACAGUUUCCUGCGCCUUCGAUCGCCUUGACGAAAUGGGCGUUGUAGCGAAUCGCGAGGACGUUUGGCUGCACGUCGACGCCGCAUACGCAGGAUCCGCGUUCAUUUGCCCGGAAUACCGAUACCUGAUGAAAGGUAUCGAGCUGGCGGAUUCCUUUAAUUUCAAUCCGCAUAAAUGGAUGCUGGUUAACUUCGACUGCUCCGCUAUGUGGCUCAAGGACCCGACAUACGUCAUAAACUCUUUCAACGUCGAUCCUCUUUACUUGAAACACGAUAUGCAAGGUUCAGCGCCGGAUUACAGGCAUUGGCAGAUUCCACUCGGCCGUAGAUUCCGCUCUCUGAAGCUGUGGUUCGUAUUGAGGCUGUACGGAGUGGAGAAUCUUCAGAAGCACAUCAGAAAGCACGUCGCUCAGGCGCACGAGUUCGAGGCGUUAGUUCUCACCGACCCUCGCUUCGAGAUCGUCGCCGAAGUCCUCAUGGGACUGGUUUGCUUCCGAUUAAAGGGUUCUAAUGACCUCAACGAGGUUCUCUUGAAAAGGAUCAAUGGCGCCGGAAACAUCCAUCUCGUCCCGUCCAAGAUAAACGACAUGUUUUUCUUGCGUUUCGCCAUAUGUUCUCGAUACAGCGAAAGCAAGGACAUACAGUAUUCCUGGAAGGAGAUCAAGCUGAGGGCCAACGAGGUCCUCGAGGAGCAAUCGGUCUCAAAGUGAUGGCGCGCUCAGAUAGCUCGCGGUUGCAGGUCGCUAGCGCCUGCCACCUGCAAUCAGUCCUAGUUUCAAUCGUAGUAUUCAAUCUUAGCUUGCCCUUACACCCGGCGACUCUCGAGGACCAAGUAGGCUAAAGAAGCGAGUGAUGUUAAGAGGAUAGUCGAGCAACGAAAGACAAGAACUCCCGCAAUAAUUCCUAAAUUACAGGCGAUUAAGCGAUGACUCCAGUCAAAUUUUGAUUGUUAAACCGAUUGAAUUGCCGUUGGAGUUGUUAAAAUAGAAAAUGAAGCAUAGUUCCUUAUUGAGGCGAGAAAUCAAAAUUCUUUGGUCCUUGGUUCCGUGGUUUUUUAUAAAUUUUUCUUAUAUAAAUUCUUCUUCUUAUCAAUUGUGUGCUCUUUUACAAAUUGCUCUAGUUUGUUAACCUAGAUAGAAUUAUCAAGCUUUUGGAUCUUAUUAGACCACAAGUUAUAUAACUAACAUAAAGCAGCUGAUGAUAAUUCCAGCGGUUGAUCAUAGAUUGGUUUAAUCGAAGUUUGACAGAAGUACCUUCUUAAAUGUUGCAAAAGUACGUAAGCUUUUCACAAGACAGUUUCAAGCGCACUUUAUGUUGACAUAAAGUAAUUCAUCGCGGCUAAAAGCUCAAAGACGUUACAUGAAUUUAUUACGUAGUACUUCGUUUUAUUCCGGCACAACGAUUAAAUCUAUAACUUCACUGCAGUAUUACAACGGAUGACGAAUUAACGGACGGAGGCAAAUUGUGAUUUGAUGAAGUACGUGUGUUAAGACGCGCGAGAAGAUCGUUAAUAUCAGAAAUCGGUCUUGCGACUUGCCGGGAUUCACGUUAACAGCGUAAUAGGUGUAAUGCAGUAUUUCAUGUCGCCUUGUGCCACUUUUGCUGCCGUAUCGUCGAUGUUGCUGUGCGAACCUCUUAGACAAUAUCUUUGUAAGUACACUAUACAAGCGCGGUGAAAGUCACGCGCGCGCUCUUUAUUGCUGCAACAGCGAGCAUCGUUGUACUUGUAAUCACAAAUAAUUUUAUACACGCGAAGAGACGGUGCUUCUUUUAAAUCGCGUGUCUCCUAUAAGUAUGACUUUUAUUUAUUUUUAUGCAAGUGUAGAAGAUUUUAAUUUUCCUCCUUCUUCUCUCUCUCUCUUUCUUUUGGUAAAUUUUACCGUUAUCUCUGUAUAUUGAGUAAUAUAUGCAAAUAAUAUAUGCGAGUAAUUAA